AUGCUCGACGAUGCUCUAUCCUUCCUCGCUACUGCAUUUGGAACCUUCUCCAGCGGCGCUUCCCUGAGAUUGGCGGAAAGAGAUUGCUAUGAAGAAGAUGGAGAGGAAGAAGAAACGAAUGGAGAAGACGCUUUGAUCUGCUGCUGUUCUUACUCUUCUCUUUGGAAACAGAGAAUCUCAGUAGGGAAGAAAGAAAACAAGGUUUUGGAAGAUGAGAUAAGCUCUUUGAUUGAGAAACUGAAUGAGUUAAAGUCUCCAAAGAUUAAUGACACUGAAGCUAGAAACAACAGACAUAAUUUUGUCAAGAAAGCUUCUGUUUUGAGAAGAGAGCUUUAG